AUGCUUCUGAAUAAUAAUGUGACUGAAUUCAUUCUCCUUGGAUUGACCCAGGAUCCUCUCAAGAAGAAAAUAAUCUUUGUCAUUUUCUUACUUUCCUAUUUGGGAAUAAUGAUGGGUAACAUGUUGAUUAUUGCUACCAUUAAAACCAGCAGAACACUUGAGAGUAGUCCAAUGUACUUCUUCCUUUUCUAUUUAUCCUUGUCUGAUGCCUGCUUAUCUACUUGCAUAGGCCCUAAAAUGAUCAUGGAUGCCCUUUUGAAAAAUGCCACGAUCUCUUUCAGUGAGUGUAUAUUCCAGGUCUUUUCAGUGCAUUACUUUGGGUGCUUAGAGAUCUUCAUUCUAAUCAUCAUGGCUGUUGAUCGCUAUGUAGCCAUCUGUAAACCCUUGCACUAUACCACCAUCAUGAAUCAUAGGGUCUGUAGUAUCUUGGUGGCUGUGGCUUGGGUAGGGUCCUGUGUGCAUUCUCUAGCUCAGAUUUUUCUUGCCUUAAGCUUACCUUUCUGUGGCCCCAAUGUGAUUGACCAUUAUUUCUGUGACCUGCAGCCCUUACUGAAACUUGCCUGUGCGGACACUCAUAUGGUCAACCUACUCCUGGUGUCCAACAGUGGGGCCAUUUGUACAGUGAGCUUUGUCAUACUUAUGUUCUCUUAUGUCAUCAUUUUGCAUUCUCUGAGGAAACACAGUGCUGAAGGAAGGAAGAAAGCCCUCUCCACCUGUAUCUCCCACAUCACUGUGGUCAUCAUGUUCUUUGCUCCUUGUAUAUUUAUCUACACACGUCCUCCAACCACCUUUCCUAUGGAUAAAACGGUAGCUGUGUUUUACACUAUUGUAACCCCUCUGUUCAACCCUCUGAUUUAUACACUAAGAAAUGCAGAGGUGAAAAAUGCUAUGAAGACAUUAUGGAGCAAGAGUUUGAUCUCUGGUGAUAAAAGGUGA